UGCGUGGGCACUUUGUAUAUUGGGAAUUCGAGUGACCAAAGAUAAUCUUGAAUAUAGAGCUUAAAAAUGGCUGCUCUUCCACUAAUUUCUCUCUCUCAUCCCUUACAAACUCAUCUUCUUCACUUGCCCUCAACAAAAUCCCAGCUUUAUAAUCAAAUUUCAUGCCCAAAAUUCUCAUUGGGUGCUCUUCAAUCUGUUAAAUUCCGCAGUAAAACUAGGAAAUUGAGAAGCAAGUCCAAUGACCCAGGUGAGGUUGAUCGUAUGUUCAAGGAUGAAAAUGGCGUCGUUAAUGAUAUGGAAGGUUACCUCAAUUCUCUCUCCCUCGAAUAUGAUUCUGUUUGGGACACCAAACCCUCUUGGUGUCAGCCAUGGACAAUAGCCCUGACUGGAGUAUCGGUGAUUGCAUGCAGCUGGUUAGUUCUGCACUCCGUUAUUGUUACUGCUUUAGCUUCCUCUGCAAUCUUUGCAUGGUGGUACAUCUUCCUAUAUUCAUACCCUAAGGCAUAUUCAGAAAUGAUUGCUGAGCGCAGAAAAAGAGUGAAAAGCGGCACAGAGGACACUUAUGGAUGGUCAAAGAACCAGUGAUUACAGUGGGCAUUACUGCAGCAGAAGGGGCACUUUCUUUCUCCCUGCUCUCUAUCAAGGCCAGGGGGGUCAAGUAAUUGAUGGAUGAAGUUCCGAAUGAGUUGCAACCCUUUGCAAGCCCUUCACAUUGGGCUAUUGGACACAAGGCAAAACAGAAUGCUAGGAUGGUCUUCUCCUUGUAUGCAAACUUUGCAAAUUUAAUUUGAGAGAUUCGAUUUGUAUGUGAAUAGUUAUCAUAACCAUCCAAUUAGGAAAUUAUCACACCAUAACAAAUUAACAAUUGUGUGUACAGUUGAAUUAUGUACUUGUAAAAUCCAAAUUAACAUCAAGUGACUUUGCUAGGACAAA